GAGUUUUAAAGCUUUUGCUUUUUUGGAUUGUGUGAAUGCUUCAUUCGCCUCACAAACAACCACAGAACCACAAGUGCGGUGCAAACUUUCUCCAGGAGGACAGCAAGAAGUCUCUGGUUUUUAAAUGGUUAAUCUCCGCAGGUCACUACCAGCCACCGAGACCAACCGAGUCAGUGAGUGCCCUAACCACAGUCUGUGCAGUAAUAUCUAAGGCUGCAAGCGGUAUUUACAACAGAGGGCACAAGCUCUAUCUGGAAGAGAAAGGAGGGACUAUGGCAUCAAACAGCCUCUUCAGCACAGUGACAGCAUGCCAGCAGAACUUCUUCUGGGAUCCGAGCACCAGCCGGCGCUUCAGCCCCCCCUCCAGCAGCCUGCAGCCCGGCAAGAUGAGCGACGUGAGCCCGGUGGUGGCUGCGCAGCAGCAACAGCAGCAGCAGCAGCAGCAACAGCAGCAGCAGCAGCAGCAGGAGGCGGCGGCGGCGGCAGCGGCGGCGGCGGCAGCGGCGGCGGCGGCAGUGCCCCGGUUGAGGCCGCCGCACGACAACCGCACCAUGGUGGAGAUCAUCGCCGACCACCCGGCCGAACUGGUCCGCACCGACAGCCCCAACUUCCUGUGCUCCGUGCUGCCGUCGCAUUGGCGUUGCAACAAGACCCUCCCUGUGGCCUUCAAGGUGGUAGCCCUCGGAGAGGUGCCAGAUGGGACUGUGGUUACUGUCAUGGCAGGGAACGACGAGAAUUAUUCAGCGGAGCUCCGGAAUGCCUCUGCUGUUAUGAAAAACCAAGUAGCAAGGUUCAACGAUCUGAGAUUCGUGGGCCGAAGUGGACGAGGCAAGAGUUUCACCUUGACCAUUACGGUCUUCACAAAUCCUCCCCAAGUGGCUACUUAUCACAGAGCUAUUAAAGUGACAGUGGACGGUCCCCGGGAGCCAAGAAGGCACAGACAGAAGCUUGAUGACUCUAAACCUAGUUUGUUCUCUGACCGCCUCAGUGAUUUAGGGCGCAUCCCUCAUCCCAGUAUGAGAGUAGGUGUCCCGCCUCAGAACCCACGGCCCUCCCUGAACUCUGCACCAAGUCCUUUUAAUCCACAAGGACAGAGUCAGAUUACAGAUCCCAGGCAGGCACAAUCUUCCCCACCGUGGUCCUAUGACCAGUCUUACCCCUCAUACCUGAGCCAGAUGACAUCCCCAUCCAUCCACUCCACCACGCCGCUGUCUUCCACACGGGGCACUGGGCUACCUGCCAUCACCGACGUGCCCAGGCGCAUUUCAGAUGAUGAUACUGCCACCUCUGACUUCUGCCUCUGGCCUUCCUCUCUCAGCAAGAAGAGCCAGGCAGGUGCUUCAGAACUGGGCCCUUUUUCAGACCCCAGACAGUUCCCAAGCAUUUCAUCCCUCACUGAGAGCCGCUUCUCCAACCCACGAAUGCACUACCCAGCCACCUUUACUUACACUCCGCCCGUCACGUCAGGCAUGUCCCUCGGCAUGUCCGCCACCACUCACUACCACACCUACCUGCCACCACCCUACCCCGGCUCUUCCCAAAGCCAGAGUGGACCCUUCCAGACCAGCAGCACUCCAUAUCUCUACUAUGGUACUUCGUCAGCAUCCUAUCAGUUCCCCAUGGUCCCGGGAGGAGACCGGUCUCCUUCCAGAAUGCUCCCACCAUGCACCACCACCUCGAAUGGCAGCACGCUAUUAAAUCCAAAUUUGCCUAACCAGAAUGAUGGUGUUGACGCUGAUGGAAGCCACAGCAGUUCCCCAACUGUUUUGAAUUCUAGUGGCAGAAUGGAUGAAUCAGUUUGGCGACCAUAUUGAAAUUCCUCAGCUGUGGCCCAGUGGCAUCCAGGGGCCACAUCCCACAUGUGUUAAUAUAUACAUAUAUAAAGAGAGUGCAUAUAUAUGUAUAGUGGUUAGCUAUCUAGAAGAUUUCUCACUCCUUCCCUAGUCGUGGUCUCAAAACCCUAAGAGGGUAGAGACAGUCGUAACUGGGUCUCAUAUUGUUUACUAUAAGAUGUCCCUUUUACCAAAGGAACAAGUGGUCAAAGGUGUUGUCAUCUGGUCUGUUUUCAUAAGUAACCUGUUCCUAUGCAUAUUCAGAGAAGUGGACGCCGGGUUCAGGAGGAAGAAGAGAGCCAAGCCACUUCCUCCUUGUACUUUGAAGCCAAGAGCUUAAGCUGUGUGGGGGCCGGUGCACUCUGCAGAGCAGCUUACAAAGCCAGCUGUGUGCACUUGGAAAGGGACCAGAGGGGGCACGGAUGCUUCGUCCAGUGCUGCCCGUUCUGAACACCUGCCCAAAGUUUGCCUUCAGACUUGCUGCAGGUACUUGUUUGAACUUUUGAGUUCACUUAUUAUUAUUAUUUUUUUUUCCUACUCUAAGAAAGUGACUUCAGAAAUACUGAUCAGGAUAGAUUAUUUUAUUUGACUUUUUUAUACGCCCUCAGUUCCCCCAUUUAACCAGAAAGAAAUCCUCCCAACCCUCCCCUUCCUUCCCCUUCUCCCUUUAUGCAAAACUGAAAAUGGCAAUGCCUUAUUAUAGCCAUAAUGAUAUAGUGUUUGAGUUGGCUGUGUGUUAUUUGUCUUUCUUUUUUUUUAAAUUAUGAAUAUGUGUAAAAUCUGAGGUAACUUGCUAACGUGAAUGGUCAUAUAACUUUAAAGAUAUAUUUAUAAUUAUUUAAUGACAUUUGGACCUUUGGAACAUUUCUUAGUGUAAUGAUAUGUUGACUCCGGUCUCUAAAAGUGCUUUUUCUUAAAUAACAAAUUUCUUCAGUGGGCUAGAGCCAUAUCUGAAAUAUUGCUAAGCAAUUUCAAUUCCUUCAGGAACAAUGUGAUUUUUUUUUUUUUUAAAGAUAACUUCCAUCUCCAAACAUUUUAGAUGUAGUUUGUUUUUGUGAUGUAUGAAGGAAAUGCUAUGUUUCAUUCUUUCAGGUCUUUAAUUGCCUCUGACAGAGCUUUUUGCCUUUUAAAGCAAUAAUUAGGGAUUAAAAAACACAAACAAAAACAAAACACCCAUAGCCCUGUAGCCCUUUAACACUCAAUAUGGCCCCUUUACCAGCAUGAAAUGCUGGAGACGUGUGG